AGUGCGCAAAAGCUUUCGCCCUAACUCGUGUGCGAAAGAGAAAGCGCAGUGGAAAAUUUGAAGAAGCGAUGGGUGAUGCAUCAGAUUCCCAAGAACAACCCGUUCUUGAAUCGGCAGAACUCGAAAUGAAGAAGAAGCGAUUGCUGGAGGAGCUCGAAUCUGCGUUGGCGCCUAAGGACGCUGCUGUCAAAACGGUAACGGCGCUUCCUGCUUCCUUAGCCUUAGGGAUCGAAGUCAUCGACGAAACGGCGCUGCUGGACUCCGUCGUCAAGAAUGGAGGACCAAAGCAACCCUCUUUGAGAAGAAGAGGAGGAGGACCCAAGAACAACAACAGCAACAUCGGUCGUGGUCUGAGGAAAAUCGAAGAGAGACCCAAAUUGAAGUUCGCGCCCAAGACUGGGAAUAAUAAGUAUUCGCGAAAGGAGUUGGAGGCUCUGAGAUUCGUCAACCUAACACAACAGCGUAAAUUCUGGAAAGCGAUACAUGCUGCGUUUCAAAGCGCUGUUGCCAGCGAGUACGAUACUUUAGCUUCCACUCCUCUUCCGCACAACAAACCAAUCCUCAGUGCAGUUUAUUGUCAAAGUAGGGAUAGUGAAUUACAAUACAUGGGAAGUAGUGAAAAUAUUACGUCACACUCUUCUACAAUUGAGGAUGAGGCCUCGAUUGUAGAAGAAUGUGAUGAAGAUGAUGAUAGUGAUGAUCAUUAUGCUAGCAUCCAAAGGCCUGCCUUUAUAGUUGAUGGAGAACCUAAUUCUUAUUCUGAUCCACCAGAAGAUGGAUGGGAAUAUCUUAGGCAAGUCAGGUGGGAGGCAGAUCAUAUGCCAAAAGUGAAGGUGGCAAAACUUGAUAGAGGCAAACUGAACAAGGAACAGAGUGCCUACAUGCCCAAGAUUCCAGAUAUUGCCAAGUGUCCAGAUCAUCUGUUGCCAUUGAAACAGUGGGAAGAUGUGUUUCUUGCUGAAUUUUCAACACUGAGAACGAAUCUCUCAUGCCUUGAUGGUUCAAGUGCCACAUACUCUGGAAACCUUCGUGUUCAUCACUCACAGUUAGUUGGGAAUGAUUGUGGAGAAAUUUCUGGUGUUAUGAACAAGGACGUCUUACUUGGUAAGACAAAUGAUGUACCCGCUAACUUGACCGCUGAGGAUAAGGACAGAACACUGUCUCUAGGGAAUACUGAAUCGAAAACUUCAGUUGAUCAAACAAGCAGCAGCUCCCCCAGUUCUCCUUUGCUUUCUGUAAUCUUAGCAAUGGACUCUGUAACCCGGGUAAAAGCUCUGCUGAAACGGAUUCGCUCACUAGAGGCUGCAGACAGUGUUACAAGAGAUGAUUGCAUGUGGCUCUUUGCUCUCUGUGCAACAGUUGAUACUCCACUACACGCAGACAACUGUGCUGCUCUCAGGAGUCUGCUGCGAAGGUGUGCUAGCAUCCGUGCCGGAAAGGUUGCCCUGGAUGACGAGGUUGUAAUGUUGAAUAUAUUGGCUACAAUUUCGGGGAGAUAUUUUGGACAAUCUGAGAACUGAAUUACCAGUCUAUAACUUUGUUAUGACACGUUCUGUUUUUGGAAUUGGGAUAUAUAGCCGAUGAGACUCAUGCUAUGGCUAUAACUUACAGUGUUUUAUAGUAAGAUAUUUUUUUUACAAUA